GUUCAGCGAACCCGUCGUCGAGAGGCCUCGAGGCUUGCCCUCACGAGCUAGUGCCAUCGUUCGCCAUGUUGGCACCCGUACUGGCUACUGCGCUCACCGCCCUUCUCUUUAUCUACCUCUUCAUGCCCUCAUUAUGGCUUGCUAUCAUGGCUGUCGACGAAUCCUUCGAUGUUCACGAGUCGGGCUUGGCUGCGGUGGCUGCUCGCAAUCCUUUUCGGGAGAGCGGUCCGCCAGCCAACAUGGCCAAGUUGAUCUUACUGCGCCAUAAGAUCCAGACCAGCAACCGUAGACGACGAAGUGCCUCACAAGCCCGUCAAACAUCACGAUCCUACUCCAUCCCUACCAGACCAAAACCUUCUUGGAUUCGCUUUAGGAGACCAUUUGGCGGAAAGCAACAUUGUUAGUUUCACUUUGCGAUUGCGCUGGUCUGCUGUGUGAUUGUGACCGCGCCCCGUUUUACCCUUCACGACCUUUUUUACCCUUAUUAUUUAAUUCCUAUGUACAGCACACCUGCUUGAUUUCGUCGACCAUCCCUUUGUUCGUUGACUAUACCUUAUACCCAUCGAGUUUGUCAAUUCUCGUUCACUAUUUAGCCACUGUACAUUACAUUUGCGAGAGGGAAUGCAAAACCAAUCAAAUCGAACCACCUUGUCAUAAGAU